AUGAGUUUAUUAUUUUUGUUUUGUUUCCUAACUCAAUUUUCAAAACAUAUACAAUCAAUAAUAUUUUAUUUGUUUCAUACAAAUUUACGUUUUUCAUGGAAAUUAGAAAAACCAACAAUAUGUUUUCGAUUACAAUUUAUACCAUAUAAUAUUAAUUCAAAUGAACUAAGAACUAAUUCAUUAGUUAUUGAUUUAUCAUCAUCAAUGAUGGAAGAGCAAUCAAUUAUAAUACCACAAGAUUCAAUAGCUAUGUAUAAUGAAAGUAGUAGUAGUCAUAAUGGCGUAACUACAACUAUUCUAUCCUCACCAAUUAUGUUUGUCAAUGAAUCAACAUCACCUGAAUGUGCUAUUACUAAACUGUGA